AUACCUUGUGCUUAAUCCUUUGCUUCUUCAUAUCUUAACUUUUUUCAAAAUGAAUAAUGAUAAUGAUUGCAAUAAAACAAUAAUAAGAGUCCAAGUAUCGGAUGCUCACCAGGAUAUUAUCCUGGAUUGGUCAAAGGAUUGGUAUGAUAUAAAGAGAGACACAUUUAGACAGCUGGCAGAAUUCACUGGAAUAUCAUUGAAAAGUGCUUAUGACAUUUCAUUUUGGAAGCCACCUGUUACAAACGAUGUUUACCCUGAAAACCCUUUUGCUUUUCGCGCUGAUGGACGAGCAUGGUUUCGUAUUACAAACUCGUACCCCAGCCCUGAAGACAUACCUCGAAGUGGCUUACGGUGCACUAAGCAAGAUUUUAAAGAUAAAUUCUUCAGAGAUGGCGAUUGUUUUGCUCUCAAUACAAAAAUGAAGAUGGAAGUUACUCUGGAUGAACUCUAUGUUUCAUAUAGAUUAGUUCAUCUAGAUUUGAUUGAUAAAACUGAAUGCAACCGGUUGUUUUGCCAUCAUAUGAGUAACAAAGCUUUUUUGGAUAAACAAGCUAAAAUAACCAAUCCAAAUAUUGAAUCAUAUCUAAGAGCUCAGUAUCGUCCAGUUCCUAGAAUUGAGUACGGAGAUAUUAACUUCAACUACGACUUUCAUAAUGCUAAAGAUAUUAGAGAAAGGGAGAUUCAUGCGGAUUUGAAUAUCGGACAAUAUUUUUAUUCAUAUUGCACGGCUUUUCUUAAUGCAACAACUAAUCAAAGAACACCUCGUAUCUACUGGCCGAAUCGUGGUUAACUCAGACAAUAAAAGAUUUUUGCAAUUCGGAAUGCAAUUUGUCAAUUGUCAAUUUAAGAAAUUAAAUAAGAUAAUCAAAUCAAGAU